AUGUCUUCGGCACACCACCAGGUUACCUGGCAACCCUCGAGCUCACACGCUCCUCCGGACUCACAACGCCUGUCGAACGACAUCGCUAACCUUGCAAUAUCUGACGAUCUGCAAUCUUCACCAAAUGUAGUCAAAAACAGCAGGCCACAGGGUCUGUCCAUCCGCGAUAUCAGAAUGUCUAUGAAUAAUGGUCAAGGUCCACCUCAAGUAAAACACCCUUCGCCACCAGAGUCACUCAUGCCGAACUCCAUGCGAACGCCUUCUAAAGCACCGGUCAAGAAGAAAUCGCUUUUUGGAGGACUGUUCGCGGUGCGAGAACCUACUCAAGUUGCUCUCGACCAAUUUGCAGCACAGCUCGGUGCCCAGCAUGGCUCGACCAGCGCGAGACAAGUGCCUAAUGUGAGGAUGGAGAAAAUGCCUGAGCAUGUACCCAAGGUCAACAGUAAAUGGGACGGAAUUCCGGACGCCAUUAAGCAGCGAGAAAAGCGUGAGAAAGAGCUAGCCAAGGCAGCGAAGCGCCAAUCUAUGACGACCUCUAUGACCACAUCGACUAUCCGCUCCCAUUCAUCUGAAGGACUUGGUCGCCCAUCCGAAAGUCGGCACUCUAACAUAAGCGAUCUCUCAAAUGAUAGUCGCGGACACUCACGCCGUGAAGACUCAUCGCGAAAUCCAAAUCCACAUCGAUUUUAUGCUCAGUCGGUCAACUCUUCUGGAGAUUUAGCAGCACAAUUGCGAGAGGAGAGUGAUUGCCAAUCGACGUCAGAUUCACAUCCACCAUCUACGCAGACAGCCUCAAGCAAGAGUACGAGCACAAAGGCCACUAACAGGGACGAAGCGGCCAUCAAAGGCCAUAGUCGCAAGUCUUCGAGCAAGGGGUCGCGAGGGCAAGUCUCGCGCACGUCCGAGAAGAAAGCUGGCACAAGUGUGCCUCCAAGACCAAAGACCGCAGAACAUCUACAGCAACCGAGGCCAAAGGCUGUGCAGAGGAUCAUGAGCGACGAGGAUGUCGUCUUGCUGUCCUCUGGUCAUGGCGUUUUACCGCUGCCCAGUCCGAGCCAGGCAAAGCAGCCACUGAAGCCAAAUGCCGCAUUUCUAGCAGGUGAGGCACAGGAAUUUCAAAUCCCAGAUGACGAAAGCGAGAGUGAUGCCUCAGAGGUACAUGGAUCUCCUCAUAACCCUGCUGCUCGUCCUCAAAUUGGACCACGCCGCAUCACGGACGAUGAUCGCCCAGCAUCCGCCAACGACUUUCAUAAUGCUCAACUAAGGCCAAAAUCUACGGUCACUGGACGGCUAGGGUCGCUGCUGAAACGAGAGCCAUGA